AUGUUUAGAAGAAAUAAGCCUACUGAAUCGUUUUAUAUUUCUGUUUAUCCCAAAGUUGAUAUCAGUAAUCAUUUUAUUAACGAUUGUAACAUUACCAUAGAAUUUUGUAAUGCAAACUCUAUAAAUGUUACAUCCUGCCAAUUCUUAGUUGUUGAUGAUCAAUAUAAUUUCAUUAACUACGGUGGAUGUUUCUAUAAAAAUAGCAUUGAUAACAUUCGGACAACUUGUGCUAAAUACGAAUUUGUACAACCUUUUGUAGGCUUAAUAUGGUUAAAUAUUAGUAUAGAACAGACUGGUCAACCUACUCUUUUAAAUAAUAGUAAUGCAAUUUUAAAUAUUCUUAACUCAACGGGUGCUUACUCUGAAAUAUUAUCAAUUUAUUUAAAAAGAGUUGGAUUUGGUGAAUCUUAUUAUAAUUCUACUUAUAACUCUUUUUUUCUUGCGAAUAGACAAGUUGCGAUCAUAGAUUAUUCACCUAUAAUUACUGAGAGAGAAAUAUUAGGUAAAUCUUAUAUUGAUUUGAAUGCGCACAUGAACAUAUUACCUUUGAGUUCUUCUCAAAAUACUAUACAACUUGGCAUAAAUCGAAGGUCACCAACUAUUCAAUAUCAAAAAGAAGUUUAUCCGAGAAGCAAUUCAUUUAUAUCUAAAAUUGGUGGAUUUUUCUCUUUUUUAUCCGGAGUCUUUAUACUCUUAUUUGGAACAUCCAGAAUAGCACCAUGGGGGUUUAUGCAAAAGUAUAUUAUUCUUUACAUGACAUGUAUGAUAUGUCGAAAAAGUUUAAUAAAAAACGUUGCGAAAAAAUAUGUAUCAACCGCAGGAAUUCCAUUUGUCGAAAAAGUUAGUGAGAUGCCUGCAAGUGGUACUUUAGAAGAUCGCGUUCAAAUUAUCGAAACUUUACUUAAAGAAUAUUAUCUUGAUGUUGGAUUUUUAGAAAUUUUAAAAAAAGAAAAAACAAUGUAUCACAAAACAUCACAAGAAAAGGAUUUAAUUUAUACAUCAAUUGAUAUAGAUGAUGAUGAUGAUAUGAAGGAUAAAUGUUUAGAAUGA